AUGAAUCUCCAAACCCCACAAGAACCCCAAGCCCCGGGAUACACCAUCCGCACCCACCGACCAGGUGAUAUAGGCUGGAUAAUCCAUCGACAUGGAGUACUAUACGAAAAAGAAUACGGCUGGGGCACAAAAAUGGAAGCACUAGUAAGCAAAAUUGGUGCAGAAUUCCUCGACAACUACGACGCAUCCACAGACAGAUGCUGGGUCGCGGAGCGCAACGAUGAAUUCCUGGGCUGUAUACUUCUCAUUCGAGACACAGAUCCGGAUGUCGUCAACACGGCUAAGCUGCGUCUUCUUCUUGUUGAGCCCAGUGCGCGGGGUCUUGGGCUUGGUCGUGCUUUGAUCGAGCAGUGUACACGGUUUGCGCGAGAGGCGGGGUAUGCACGGAUUAGGCUUUGGACGCAGAAUGUUCUUGUUUCGGCUAGGAAGUUGUAUGCGAAGGAGGGGUAUCGGCUUGUUAGCUCUGAGGAACAUGAGGCUUUUGGGGAAAAGCUUGUUGGGGAGUGUUGGGAGUUGGAUUUGUGA